AUGCAUAUUGUUGCAUACUUGCUCCCCUUCAUUGUUUUCAGUGUGCAUCAUAACCUCCUUUUCCACUUCCUUCUCCUUUUGCACACCAGUCGACCCUGUUCCAGAGAGCUUAUUAUUUUUCAUCAAUCGCUGAGCCUCAUCACGAUUGCUCUUGUGAAGUACAAUCCCCUUGCAAUCUUCGCGGUCUCUGAGUCCAACGAGAACAGUCUGACCAUACCCAGCUGUCGUCCUCAUUCCCCGCUUCCCUUGAAUGCGACAUAUUCUCUGUUCACCAUCAAAACAUUGGACCAGCACAUGACGUUUAUGAAGAACUUGAGUAACUCGUCCAUAUUCCAAAGCCCCAUUAUUGACCUUUAUGGAAUCAGGCAGUAAUUCUGCAUCUUUUAGACGCUGGGCCUCAUCGGGUGCGCAUUUGUGAAUAAUAUCGCUCUGAAAAUUACACCUGUUUUUCACGUGGUGCAGAAAAACAGGACCUUCCUCUUCAUGAAAAAUAUGAGAAAAGCGAACCUCAAAUUUUUGGUAGUCCCUGCAUUCGAUAACAAUAAUAUCGCCUCUUUCCAUACGUAUGUUUUUUCUCGGCUCUCUCCGAUCACGACACACCCUUUGUUUACCGUCGACACAGAAGGCUAACACGCGGCCCUUUGAGAGGACCCUAGCGAUCUGACCGUAUACGAGCAAAGGGCACUCAUCGGUUGUCGGCUGUUCGGGCACCUUUUUCCUCUUUUUCAAAAGCUGGGCCUCAGUAUAUGUAUACUUGUAAAUAAUAUCACCCUAAAAUUCCAUCUGAUUACGGCACGAAGGCAUAAAAACAUUUUUAUUUACACUUCUGUUACGGGGAAUACAGGAAGGUCUCACCUUGUAAUCCUGGUAGUCCCUCAGUUCGACAAGAACAAUACUACCACCUCUGACCUGCACCUUCUUCCUUAG